GUUUUGGAAAGCAGUGGAGGAGCAGGCAACUGACUGACAAGAGCAUCAAAGACUCUCCAGGUUGGGUGAUUCACAUCACCCCAGCAUUUACAAAAGAGGUCCUUUACCAUCCAUUGCUAUUGAGGUGUUAUUCCAUUUAAUAUGGCAUUUCUGUUGCCUUUUCUGCUGUUGGUCCUGCCAAGCCCUGCCCUCUUGAGUCAAGAUCUCCAUACAGGUACUCAACGCGCCUCCAGGGGCGUCAAACCCCAACCAAUCAAAGUUAUUAUCACAGACACAUGUGCACAAGAUGGGGCCAAAGUUAGAGAGGUAGACUUGGAUCCUGAUUCUCCUCUGGUGUUGACCCAUCAAAUCCGUCUGGUGCCGGGGUCAGGACAGGGCUGCAGUCAGUGUGAUGUGCACAUUGCAGCCAUGCGUGAACGCAUAGAAAGACUGGAAAAGGAGCUGUCUGAUCUGAGGGAGAAAUGUGGAGGUCCGGAUGGCUGCUGCACGUCGCAGCAAAGCAAAGGUGCAGUGUGUACUACGGUACGUCCAACCACGGACGAGUGUCCAUAUGACUGCAAUGACCAGGGUCGCUGUGCAGACGGGAAGUGUGUGUGUUUCCCAGGAUUCAGUGGACCAGACUGCAGCAUGACUGAAUGCCCCGAUGACUGUAACAACCUAGGCAAAUGUGUGAACGGACAGUGUGUGUGUGACCCAGGCUUCAGCGGUCCGGACUGCUCAACCAGCACGUGUCCUGAUAACUGCAGUAACAGAGGACGCUGUGUUAACGGCAGAUGUGUGUGCAAUCCUGGGUUUACAGGGCCCAGCUGCCAGACACAGAGCUGUCCGGAAAACUGUAAUAACCACGGCCGAUGUGUGAACAGCAGAUGUGUGUGUGAUGCAGGAUUUACUGGCCCUGAUUGUUCGGAGACAUCUUGCCCAGAGAACUGUAAUAACAGGGGACGCUGUGUUAAUGGACAGUGUGUCUGUAAUCCGGGCUUCACGGGGCCUGAUUGCUCCGUCAAAGCUUGUCCAGAGAACUGCAAAAACCACGGACGGUGCGUACAAGGCAAGUGUGUCUGUGAGAGUGGCUUUACAGGGCCAGACUGUUCAUCUGCGUCUUGUCCUGGGAAUUGCAAUAACCGGGGCAAAUGUGUUGACGGACGUUGCGUGUGUGAGAGUGGUUUUACUGGCCAGGACUGUUCUUCCAAGGCUUGUCCCAGUAACUGCAACAAUAAAGGCAGAUGUGUUAAUGGGAAAUGUGUCUGCGACGUGGGCUUCACUGGUCAGGACUGCUCUGCCAAAACCUGCCCCAACAACUGCAGUAACAGAGGACGCUGUAUGAGGGGCCACUGUAUUUGUCGUCGUGGUUUUACAGGGUCCAGCUGCAGUGAGUGCGAGUCCGGGCUCACAGGAGACAACUGUGACAUCGCACUGCUGGGUGUCUCACAUCUCAGCACCAGAGAAAUCACUGAAUCAUCCGUCAGUUUGUUCUGGACACAACCUGCAGUUCAGUACGACACCUACCACAUCACCUUCACCAGCAUGAAAGAAUCCAAUCAAAAAAUAAGCUCUAAGAUCAGUGGAAGAUCGACCACUUACAUUCAGACUGGACUAGCCGCAGGACAGGAGUACAUCGUCUCCUUAACUGGAGAGAAAGAGGGGAUGACUGGAGCAGAAACCACAGUGAAAUUUAUCACAUUGAUCUCUGGCCCUAAAGACUUGCAGGUUGUGAAGACAGCCACCAGAUCGGUUGUUGUCAAAUGGGAAAAAGCACAGGGAGAGAUUGACAGGUACGUCCUCUCCGUUACUCCAAAUAAGACUUCAGACAGACUUCCAGAGGUGCCCAGAGACUACCUGCCCCCGGAGAGAGACUCGGCACAAAUUGAUGGCUUGGAACCGUGUAACUUAUAUGACAUCUCAUUAGUGGCUGAAAAAGAUAGCAUCCGGAGCCUCCCAGCAAGUGUACAGGCGACUCCUGGCAACACCUCAAAGUCUGCAGACAGGAUAACUAUGGGGACUGUGACCAUGCCAGAAGAUGCGGAUGCUGGCAACAACGAAAGAAAAAAACCAAUGCUAAAAAAUACAGCAACACUGUUUCUGCGGAAACAAGGACUAGGCAAAAAUAAUCAGGGAUCACAAGGAACGGCUGAAGAUCCAGAAAGGAAAGCCAAUAUUACCGAACUCAAACCAGGCAUUCUGCUUGGACCUAGACAAAGAAGACCUUUACCCUUAGGAAAAUAUAGGACAUUACCCAAACCUGGUACACGCCCUGACAUCAGAACACCUUUAAAUUCUACCAGGAUAGGGCUGGGAGGAAGACGAGUGGUCGUGCCUUCUUUAAACAAGUCAGUAAUAUGGUAUCCAGUGAGACCAAAGAGCUCAGAUGUAGACUUAACCCAUCCCAUUUCUGGUACUAAACCAAUAUCACUGAUGGCAAAAGAAACACGACUUGAUAAGGAAACGCAUUUUAGAAGGGAACCUGGUGAGAGAAUUGGAGAUGCCCCUACAAGCCCCACAUCUCUGAAACACACAGCCACAUCAUUCACCACGCCACAGACUUUCACCUACUCAACAGAAGAGCCAACAGUCACAACAGAGAAAAACCUUACAGUCUAUAUAAAUGGGACAAAAUGUGUUAGAAAGGUUUUGGUUGGUUACAGGAAGAUACAUGGAAACACAACAUCUGAAGGAAAAAACCUAACAGUUAUAGUUGGCCACGUAAAUGGAAAUUAUCUUUUACACAGACUUCUUACAGGCGGAUCUAUAGUUGGUGAUCGGGGGGUUAAAGGGCUGGAUGAGUCUCAACCAACAGCUGAGACUUCUGAGGCCAGAAGGAGUGUGAAAGAGAAAGCAGGACAGAACGACAUUGAAGCUGAUGAAGAGGAAGCGAUUGCAGGUGUAAUAAAUACCAGCCCUUCUUCAGCAAGCCAACCUGAAACAACACUUUACCCCAUCCUCACAACCACAUCUCUUCCACACAUUCCUACACCACCAUAUUUAACACAACCAGAAAGAGUGAACGAAUAUGAAUUAAAAGAUCUGGCAGAAAGACCACCCAGGAAAAAGCCAUUAUCCAUCCCGAGACAGCCAUCUCGAGCACGGCCCCUGAGCCCGGCUUCCACUGCAUUAGAGGGAAGACCUUUUAAAUCAACUUCUUCAUUUGUGGAAACACAGAAAGAAAAGCGUCCAUCUUGGCCUAGUCCCAUUGCCUCUGGGUUUUCAAAAGAAGUUCUUUUAGAGAAGGAACAAGGAUCCCAAGCUUCAACUCCUGAACCUGUUCAGAACUCACCCAGUGAGAGUUCUUCAGUGAGUCUUAAAGCUUCCAUUAAUAAAAGCACUGAAAAGUCAAACGAAGGACCCUAUAGACUUGGUCUGAUGCCAUUCCAACGGAAGCCAUUUAGGGGCUCCCUUUCUCGUCAUCCUUUUGUCAGUACAUUUCAGAACCGCUCAAGACAAAUUUUAUCGCCACCUCAGUAUCCCUCCCGAGGUUCCAUAAGGCGACCUAUGAUCCGAAACAACAGAACCAUCAGUUCUAUUCAACAAGUAAAACCUGCCAUCACCAAUGCAAAACAAAAUAGUACUAGUAUUCAGAUUAGACCAAUCAUAAUACUUAACAGGAGCAAUGGAACAGCUAAUAGACUUGCAGCCAACAAAAUGUUCCAAUUAAAACACAGUGGUACCACUCAAAUAGCCCCAAACAUUAGUGAGGAUGGUAAAGGAAACUCUGAUAUUUCUUUUUCCACAGACCAUCCACCGGAAAAUGAUAAUAAGCCUCAGGAAUAUAAAUUGAAUGAAACGAAGGACUCCAUUGAGCAUGUGAGGGUCAAUAAUGUAACAUCAAAUGGGUUUAUGUUAAAAUGGGGAGCACCAAAAGGAAAGUUCGAACAAUUCAUAAUCACUCAUACUAAGCUUGGAGAACAAAACAAAGAAGAAGAGAAUGACGAGGAAGAAGAAGCGAGUAAGGAACCGAGUCAUGACAAAGAAAGCGGAGAUAACAUUAAGAAAUUUACAGCAGUUCUCCCUGGAUCAGCCCGCUUGUAUCACAUGAUAAAUCUCAGACCACAGACCAGAUACUCUGUGUCCAUUUUUGGAAAGGGACCUGCAAUUCACUCCAAAACUCACAACCUCACCUUACGUACAGGUCCUGAGCCUCCAUCUAAUCUUGCAUUCAGUGAUGUGACCGACGGCUCUUUCACUGUGUCCUGGGCAAAACCAAAGAGCAAGUUAUCUGGAUUUAAGAUCACUUACACUCACGUACAAGAAGAUGAGCCAAUCUCAGUUAGUGUGGACUCAGAAACAGUCCAUCAGACUCUUUCACCUGUGUCACCUGGCUCCACCUAUGAGGUGCGUGUGAUGUCAGUGCUGGGACGAGAUGAGAGUGAUUCAAUAAAGGACACUGUAACCACUUUGCCUGACCCACCAACAGACUUGAGGGCCAUAAACAUUACAGACAGCAAAGCCCUGUUGCUGUGGAGACCUGCCCUGGCAACCAUCGAUCAUUAUAUCAUCAUGUAUAGUUCUGAGACAGCACCUAGGUCUGGAAUAACCAUCAAAGUAUCUGGCAAUGCCGCAGAACAACAGUUGCAGGCCCUGCAAGCUUCCACCGAGUACAGAGUGACCCUUAAAAGCCAGCUGAGAGGCCUGAGCAGCUCCGAAGCCACCACGGUUUUUACAACAUCAAGUGGUGCUGGUAAACAAUGGGACGGUCCUCAGGAUCUGAAAGCCAGUCAGGUGACACCUCGUACUGCGGUGUUGUCAUGGAAACAGCCAAAUUCAGCCUUUACCAGUUACAAACUAAGCUAUUACACAAAUGGCCAGGACAUUAAGGAAGUGAUUCUUGACCCUACGAUCAAAGAGUACAAGUUAAGCAGAUUAUACCCAAUGUCGAAGUAUACAGCUCUUCUACAGGUGGAGAGAGGUGGUCUGUACAUGACCGCCAUCUCUACAGAGUUUACCACUGGGAAUCUCCGCUUCCCGUUUCCCACUGAUUGUUCCCAGGAACGGCAGAAUGGUGAGCUGGAGUCUGGCAUGGUGGAGGUGUUUCCUCAAGGGAAGCAGGGAAAGCCAGUGAUGGUUUACUGUGACAUGGAGACCGACGGAGGAGGGUGGACGGUCUUUCAGAGGAGAAAGAAUGGAAAAACAAACUUUUUUCGAAGCUGGCGUGAAUACAGCAGUGGAUUUGGAGAGCUGGAUGAGGAAUUCUGGCUUGGAAAUGAGCAUAUUCAUAACUUCACUAUAAUGAGGCCAAUAAUGCUGAGAGUGGACCUUAAAGAAGGAGACAAGUCUGUUUAUGCUCAGUAUUCCUCUUUCUCCGUGGACAGCCAGAAAAAACACUACGCCAUCAAAAUAUCUGGAUACAAUGGCACAGCCGGUGAUUCAUUGACAUAUCAUGAUGGACGCCCCUUUUCCACGUGGGACAGAGACCCUCAGCCUUUUAUCACCCGCUGCGCCAUGUCUUACAGAGGGGGCUGGUGGUACAAAAACUGCCAUGAGGCCAACCUCAAUGGUCUUUAUAACACAAACACCAACCACCAGGGAGUGAUUUGGACUGAGUGGAAAGGCAAAGAUUUCUCUAUUCCCUUCGCUGAGAUGAAAUUCCGGCCAGCUUCAUUCAAGCCUUGAUUUCCAGGAUAGACGGAACAAAUAAAUGAGAAAAGGACAGUUCCUUAAUGCCCAAAAUCAUAAACAAUAUACAAACUAUCACAAAACAAACACACAUGCAACAUACACUCACAAACAAAUGUCAUUAAUGCACAUAUAACCACAAAGAUGUAAGCUAAGUAACAACACCUACUCUAAAUAAAAUAUCCAAGGGCCAUAAAAGCCAUUUAUCUACAGCACUUAUAAUGUAUUGUACAGUCUAUAGGUUCUCUGUUGUCUGUGCUGUCCGCUAUAGAAAAUAUUAUGCACUGUCUCCUUCACUAUAGGAAGUUAUAGAUCAGGUGACACAUAUAUCAAAAUUCUGAUGUUUGUAUUCAUAUUGUGUUCCUAUGUUGUAUGUACUGUAUUUCAGAGUCAAAUUUCAUUCAAUAAAAAGCUGAA